AAAUGUUCUACAUUGUACUAAAUGGGGUUGUACACAUAAUCAUCGUGAUAAGGAAUCUGGUGAUAAUGGAGGUAAAUAUUUAACACCGACACAACAACGAUUCAAAGAAAUUCAUCAUCUCAGGAAACAACUAAAGUUAGCAUUGGCUCAAUUAGAAGAUAAAGAUUUGCAUUUAAACGAGUUACGUGAGCAGUUACAUAAUUUGGAAUCAAUGAUUGGUCACAUUAAAAGCGUGGAUGGACAGCAACAAUUGCUUCGGAACAAAGAAUUCAAUGAAGAUUGUGAGCGUGAGAAGCAAAAACUUAUCGAUAAGCAUGAGAUCCGUGUGCGACAAUUGAUCCAGGAAGCAGUUGAUGCACGAGCAGAGAUGACAAAACUACAAAUUACAUUAAAAGAAUUGGAAAAAGCAAAUGUUAAAGUGGAAGUUAAAGAUAUGGAAGUAAUGACAGAAACAACGGAUGAAAUAUUUUAUUCUUCGGAACUGCCAUCACCACCAUCGCUACCACCAUCACAACCACCGUUAUCACCGCUACCACAAAUGUCAUCUUCAUUUCCACCUUCACCUCAGGCUGAACAUGUUAUGGAAUCUCGAACAAUUCAAUUUCCACAGGAUUUACCACUUCAGUUGCAAGCAUAUGAAAAUGAGGCAAAGGCAUGGAGAAUGAAAGCUGCUCAAAUGGAAAUGGUCAUUAAAGAUCAAAUAUUGAAAAAACAACAAAGCAUUACUCCGGAAUUGGAAAAGUAUCGAAAUGAAAAUGAACACUUACGAGCAUAUAUUAAGAAGAUAGAAGAAAAUACAUCAAAUCAUACAACGAUUGAAUCACAAUUGGAAAAAAAUUUAAUUCCUUGUUUGCCAAUAAAUGUUACUGAUUGUGACACAGAACAGUGUGAAGAGCGUAAAAAACAACUCGAGAAAGAAAAUCAACGUCUUCUUGAAAAAAUUAAAGAAGAUAAAUUACGUUUAAAUGAAUACGAAGAAGGUAUUAAUUUGUUACAUCAUACAAUUCAUUCGAUGGAGGAAGAAAAUAAGAAAAAUUUCCUUACAAUAGAACAAAUGUCUAAAGAAAUUGAAGAAAGAACUGCUGAAGUAGAAGCUGCUAACAUUGCUGUUAUACGAUUACAGAGCGAAAUGGCAAUCAAGACAAAAGCUAUUUGCUAUUUAGAAGAACGUCAUCAGGUUUAUCGUAAUACAAUUUUGGAUCAUCAUCUGGUUGUAAAAGAUGAGUCAACUGAAGAUUGGAAACGUGGUUUUUCGGAUCCACGUUAUGUUAUUAACGUUUCAAAACGUGUACAAACUGAUCUAACUCAAGAAAUAUUACGAACAAAUGAAGUUAAAUUUAUCAAUCUUUCAGAUAAAUUAAAGAUGCUCGAGGAAGAAUUCUCAUCGAAAGAGAAUAAUAUGUUGGAGCGUUUUCAAGAAAUUGAGAAAGAUUUGCUGAUCAAAAGUUCUCUGGUUGGUUCAUUAGCAAAUCAGUUGGAGGAAGCGGAUCGAGAAGCAACACGAUCAUCUGAUUUACGUCAGAAAGAACGAGAAGCAUUCCAGGCGAAACUAUAUGAAUUAGGAAAAGUCGCUGAAAAUAUGCCAAUUCUACAGUUCGAAAUUGAAAAACUCCAGCAAGAGCGUAAUUUAAUGGAAUAUCGACUGAAAAAUGCAAAAGAGGAAUACGAGGCUGGUUUAGAUGCUUUACUGACAGAAUCAUUGAGGAAGUAUCAGAAACAAAAUAAUUAUUGGACCGAAAAAAUGUCAGCUAUGAAUGCAAACAAUGAAUUGCUUCGAAAUGAGAAUAUCACUCUAAAGCGCUCAAUUGAAGAGAUAAAAUUACGUACGCAAAUACAAAAAGCUGAUAUGUCGAAAGAGCUUACAUCAAGUAUCAAUCAUGUUUAUCAUCUCAAAAACAAAUUGAACCGAAGCACACGUGAUGUUCAAGUAGAUGUACAUCCACGUGUUGUUAGCAAAUACGUUGCAUGUCGACCAAAUGCACGGCAUAAAAUGACUGAUAUUGAAAAAGGUGAUCUAUUCGAUGAGGUCGAAGAAAGAUUAAAGAUUUGUCAGGGUGAAUUAAUUACCACUCGUCAGCAGGUUGAAGUGUUGCAACAAAAAUUAGUCGAUGAUGUGCAAACUCAGAUGGAAGAUUACCAUUCAUUGGAUACCAAUUGGAAUUCAAUUAAUGUUUUAUCAACGGAUAAGAAAUUGAGUACUUCGAUGAUUGUAAAUGGUGAAAAAGAAAGUCAAUUCAUGAUUUGUAAUAAUUUACGGGAACAAAUUGAGGAAUUGAAGAAAGAAAAUGAUAAUUUAACAGUGCAAUUACAUGAAAUUAAAAUGGAAAAGGGAAAUAUAUUGGACAAUCAGCAACAACAAAUGUCACACCGUAUUUCAGAAUUUAAUACUUUUCGUAAAGAAUUAAAUCAGGAACUGGGAUGUUACGAGAAUGAACGACAGAGAUUGGUAGCACGUAUUGCAAUUUUAGAGAAAGUGGAAAAGGAGCGUGAUAAAUUGCUUGAACUUCUGAAAAAUAAAACAAUUUUAGGAAAAAAAUGUAGCAAUGAUUCAUCUUCACAACUCAUGUUACAAACUAGUCCAUCAUCCAUUCGUAGCCAACAGCAGGAUUCAAUUUUAUUCGCUGGUGAUCAAACGACAAUUGAAUUCGAUCAAGAAAUUCGAAUGAAAAAAUGGAUAUCAGUACCGCACUUAUUUACGCUGUCAUCGUUAGGAACAUCCACAACUGCUGCUAAUGAAAUAACAACAUUACGUGAACGAAAUUCCAUUCUUGCACAAGACAAUGCUCAGCUCAAAGAAAAAUUAAUUAACUUAAAGCAUUUCAUUGAAUCAACAAAGCGUAGUACGUCACGUGCCUUUAUCAGUAAUGACAGUACUUCAUCGUAUAAAUCGCUAUCGGCAGCUAUCAAUGAGCACUCCCAACCUUUUGAUUUAGCUGCUGAUCUCAUGCAAGUACAAGAAGAUCUUGAGACUGUUAUCAUGCAAAUUGAUGGUUCGAUUAAAGAUGAAAACAGUAAAAAUAGUCAUAGAAGUGAAUCUCCUUCACAUAGCGUAAUGAGGCAAAAUGUUUCAUCUUCAAAUGCAGUCGAACUUGAAGAUUUGAAAACUACCUUAAAAAAGUCACAAAAAGAAUAUGAAGCUCUUGCUGAGCAAUUGGAUCAAGUUACUCUUAAUUUUCAAGAUGCAUGUCGUGAAUUGAAUCUAUACAAGCAUGAAUUACGUGAAGAUGCAUUAAAAUAUUCACAUGAUAUACGUUUACCGAGAAGUAGAAGUUUGGCUGAAAUUGGACAUGCUACAGUCAAUUUA